UUCCCUCGUUUCCUCCGCCCGCCCCGCCUUCUCUGUUUAUAUCACCUGUUACUUUGUCUUCUUUACUUUCCCUCCAGACUCAUAACUCUUUCCCUUUUUCUCUCUUCCGUCGAAAAUGUCUUUCUCUGCAACCAAGUUCGUGCAACCCCUUCAUCCCAGCUCCUCCACUGCUAGAUCCAAUAACAAGCCUAAUCCUCUGUCCUUUGACCCCUUCAGGACUAGCUCCUCUUUCCUUGGGUCCAUGCACAAGCUUCGCUUCAAUGCUCUCGGUAAGAUUUCUCGGCACAAUUCCCACUGUCGAUCCGCUGUUGUUGCUGUUUCUGAUGUUCUCAAGCAAAAGAAGUCCAAAUCGAGCGCCAAUCUGCUUAUUACGAAAGAGGAAGGCUUGGAGCUAUACGAAGACAUGGUAUUAGGGAGGGCCUUUGAAGACAUGUGUGCCCAGAUGUAUUAUAGAGGCAAAAUGUUUGGUUUUGUCCACUUGUAUAAUGGCCAAGAAGCUGUGUCAACUGGAUUCAUCAAGCUUCUGAAGAAAGAAGAUUAUGUAGUAAGCACCUACCGGGACCAUGUUCAUGCACUGAGUAAGGGAGUCCCAGCUCGUGCUGUGAUGAGUGAGCUCUUUGGAAAAGCUACAGGUUGUUGUCGGGGUCAAGGUGGAUCGAUGCAUAUGUUCUCAAAAGAACACAAUUUGCUUGGUGGGUUUGCAUUCAUUGGUGAAGGGAUUCCAGUAGCCACUGGAGCUGCAUUUUCCAGUAGGUAUAGAAGGGAGGUAUUGAAAGAGGUUGAUGCUGAUAACGUGACAUUGGCCUUUUUCGGAGAUGGGACAUGUAAUAAUGGGCAAUUCUUUGAAUGCUUAAACAUGGCAGCACUGUGGAAAUUGCCAAUUGUGUUUGUCGUGGAAAACAAUUUGUGGGCUAUUGGGAUGUCGCAUCUCAGGGCAACUUCAGAUACUGAGAUAUGGAAGAAAGGGCCGGCGUUUGGAAUGCCAGGGGUUCAUGUAGAUGGAAUGGAUGUUUUGAAGGUCAGGGAGGUGGCUAAGGAGGCUAUUGAAAGGGCUAGAAGAGGAGAUGGACCAACUUUAGUUGAAUGCGAGACCUAUAGAUUUAGAGGACAUUCAUUGGCUGAUCCUGAUGAACUUCGUGACCCUGCUGAGAAGGCACACUAUGCUGGUAGGGAUCCUAUCUCUGCAUUGAAAAAAUACAUGAUUGAGAACAAAUUAGCAAGUGAGCAGGAUUUAAAGGCCAUAGAGAAGAAGAUUGAUGAGGUGAUUGAGGACUCCGUUGACUUUGCGGAUGAGAGCCCUCUUCCACCUCGAAGCCAGCUUCUGGAGAAUGUGUUUGCUGAUCCAAAAGGUUUUGGAAUUGGACCAGAUGGAAAGUAUAGGUGCGAGGAUCCAAAAUUCACUCAAGGCACAGCUCACGUUUAGUUUAUUCAACCUUGGAUACAUGGUUUUUAGCAGAUUUUUCAUUAUCACCACACUUCCAAAUUGUAUUACUUUUUACAAUACAAGCAUGAUUUAUUUUAGGUUAAAAAUGUUGUCUGAGAUGUAUUUAGUAGCCAUUAAAAUAAAAAUUUGAAAAAAAAAAAUUCAUGAACUAUUCGAUAUUAA